AUGCCGCUGCCAGCUCUGAAGCCCUGGUAUCCUCCUCCCGUCGCUAGGAUGCGACACGUCAUUGUAAUCAAAUCUGGCAGGGUGAAAUGUUGCCUGUAUCAAAAAUGUAGGAAGAUGCCGACCAUUAGUGGGUCCUUUCACGGAGAUGGAAACGGAAACUUCGACUCGAAAUUCAAGACUGAAAAUGAACUAGAAAAGUAUUUUAAUGGCAGAUUCACCAGCUCCAUUCCAGCCUUCCACGUUGCCUCUGCCCAUCUCGAUUACAACAAGCCGUCUGAAAUCAGUGGCGAGUAUAAUCUCAUGGAGGGUUCAGUAGUGGGACCAUCCAAGCUGCACCUAUUGCUUAACGACCCAGCUAGAAAGAUAACCCUUACAAUGACUGGCACGCUCGACGAACCUAUUCAAAAGGCGUACAGUGCCUUGGGAUCCGGUGAAUGGCACAGUUCAAUCAAACAGGCAUGGUCAAACCUAGGACAGCUCCUGCAAUUGGAAGCAGACCCGGACGUCGAGGCUUUUGUCGUUUCACAGAUCGCGAUUCAACAUGCGCGCAAGCAAACGAAUAGGCAAUUUCUUUCUACCUACCGCGAUUCAACACGCUUGUAG